AUGCAGACUAAUCAUUCCAGCACAUCCAACACCGUGGUGACUUGCCUUCUGCCCCUCCUCCGACACCACCACUCGCUCCCACCACUUCCCCCCUCUUCACUAAAGCCAGAGCAUCUAGAGAGACGUCACAGUGGCUACUACUAUGAAGAUGAUGUUGAAGACUUACCUCAACAGAUAUCACCUCAACAUGAGAUAUUACCUAAAACAGCUUAUCCCAUUCUGAAGGAUGUGAAGAAGAUCAAGCUCUCUCCCCCCAAGCCUGGAUGCCUCUACCCUUGCCUGUCUGACAUGGAGACUGAGAGUAGUGAAGCCCAAGAAUCUGAAAUUGACAAUCAAAAUAACAGGUCUUCUUCUAGUGAAAAUGUCAAACGAGUCCGAAGCUAACAGUCUUGGUCAAGAUAUCGUAAGAAUUUCACAGUCUAGCUUAAAGAGAGAUUGGUCAGCCUGUAGUGAUCAGUCAGGAAAUGAAGGACAACAUGAGUAAUGAGAUAGAUGAUCUAAUUGAUGAAGCUCUUGAAGAUAGUUCUGAUGAGCCCACACCACCCAAACGUGUCUCCUACUCU